AUGAGGCAGCAAAACCACGACGACGAAUCCGGCAAGAGACCGGAGACACCGGUCCCUUCUUCACGAUCAGCGGGCACACAAACCACGCUAUCCACUCCCGCAGCUCCACUCCGCAACGCUGAUGACGCUGAAGAAGUCCCCUCCACACAGAAUACGCCUUUAUCGCAGAGGCAACAGCAAGAUCAGUCAGUUGAUCCAAUAAAGGAGACUGUCUUUGCAUCGAUCCCUGAGGUUGUCGCGCCAAACCAGGGCAUUCCAAAUGCUCACUACCCACCCAGUGCCACGAAUGAUCAGCAGCCCUUGAGUGAUCCUACUCGAGUUCCAGAAUCCAGCACUCCUGAGAGCAGCUCAGGCGACAAUGACAUUUCUGCUUCACAAGAGCUGAUCAGCCACGACGACGAUGGCCAGCUCGRUCCAUCGGAGGAACCUCCCUUGAUUUCAUCAGUCCCAGCCCCAGACACGACGGUUAACACAGAGGCCCUGCAGCAACCCUCACAAGACGACAAUGAUGUUUUCGAAGCUUGGGCCGAAAGAGACGUGGCGAUCGAGAUGUUGGAUGCACACGCAGCGAGAGUCAACGCUCUCCUCCAAGUCCAACUCAAGGAGUAA